UCAUUAAACCUUUUGCUUACAUGAAGAACAAACCAAGCGGCCAUACUUGACGCAUUGUGCACGCUUUUUGACGAGUGUCAGUGGUAACCGCCGAAAUCUAAUCAAAAUGAAGAUAGAGGAAGUUAAAAGCACGACCAAAACACAGAGGAUAGCAGUGCAUAGUCACAUAAAAGGGCUAGGACUAAAUGAGGAAGGCUAUGCUCUGUCGUCAGCACAAGGACUUGUUGGUCAGGAACUAGCAAGAGAGGCUGCUGGUAUUGUAAUAGAGUUGAUUAAAAGUAAGAAGAUGGCUGGAAGAGCAGUGUUAUUAGCAGGACCCCCAGGCACAGGAAAGACAGCCAUAGCCUUAGCCAUAGCACAAGAACUAGGCAGUAAAGUUCCCUUCUGUCCAAUGGUGGGUAGUGAAGUAUACUCCUCUGAGAUUAAGAAGACAGAAGUUCUUAUGGAAAACUUCAGGAGGGCCAUUGGUUUGAGGAUAAAGGAGACAAAAGAAGUUUAUGAGGGAGAGGUAACAGAGCUGACACCAGUAGAAACAGAGAACCCAAUGGGAGGAUAUGGGAAAACAGUGAGUCAUGUGGUGAUAGGACUGAAGACUGCUAAGGGCACAAAACAGCUGAAACUGGACCCAUCUAUUUAUGAGAGCUUACAGAAAGAGAAGGUGGAGACUGGAGAUGUCAUUUAUAUUGAAGCAAAUAGUGGAGCUGUUAAGCGUCAAGGCAGAUCUGAUACAUAUGCUACAGAGUUUGAUCUAGAAGCAGAAGAGUACGUCCCUCUACCUAAAGGAGAUGUCCACAAGAAAAAAGAGGUCAUACAGGAUGUCACCUUACAUGACCUAGAUAUUGCAAAUGCUAGGCCACAGGGAGGUCAGGAUAUCAUGUCUAUGAUGGGGCAGUUGAUGAAACCCAAGAAGACAGAAAUCACAGACAAACUGAGAAAAGAGAUCAACAAAGUGGUGAACAAGUACAUAGACCAGGGUAUAGCAGAGCUGGUGCCCGGAGUGUUGUUUAUAGACGAGGUUCACAUGUUGGACAUUGAGUGCUUUACUUACCUCCACAGGGCUCUGGAGUCCACCAUUGCUCCCAUUGUGAUAUUUGCCACCAACAGGGGGAAGUGUGUGAUAAAAGGCACUGAGGACAUAGUGGCCCCCCACGGCAUGCCCCUGGAUUUACUGGACAGAAUUAUGAUCAUCAAAACUUUACCAUACUCCAAAGAUGAGAUGAUACAGAUUUUGAAAAUCCGUGCCCAAACUGAGGGGAACUCUAUAGGAGAGGAAUCUCUGGGGGAGCUGGGUACUAUUGGAGUUAAGUCCACACUGAGGUAUGCAAACCAGCUGUUAACUCCAGCCAGUAUUUUAGCAAAAAUAAACGGAAAAGAUUCAAUCGGGAAAGACGAAGUGGAUGAGAUUAACGAGCUUUUCUAUGAUGCAAAAUCUUCGGCAAAAAUAUUAGCCGAGCAAGAAGACAAAUAUAUGAAGUAGAACCUCAUUGAUUUUUCCAUUAAUUUUCUUGAAAUGAUUAUUGGAAUUGACGGAUUGGAAACAGAUAAUGGAUUUUGUGCGUGUGCUUCAAGGCUACAUAUAAAAAUGCUCCAUCUGACUUUAUCUGAUAGAUGGUUUGUCAGUUUUACUAAUUGUUGUUUGGGGGCUUGACAUAUUCGUUAUUCCAUUUCGGGAUUAGUUUUGUGCCAAGAGAAUAACAGUCAUGUGAUGAAAGUGAACCACUGAGAAUCAAGCUUUCUGAAUUUGAAGCACUAAGAUCAUUUCAUGUGGAGUGUAUGUUGGAGACUUAAGAAUUGAAUUAAAAAGCAUAGUUGAGGCAGUUGUUUGUGUGGGGUUGAAAUAAAAGUGCUUCCAUCAAUUUAUAUGAAAGCGCUGAAAUUAUAGUACAUUUCAAAGUAAGUUGUUACUUAAGUAUGAAUACUUUCUAAAUCUCGUGAGUUCAUGCAUUUUUAUUGCAUAUGGAUUACCAGGAGGUAGAGUUUUUAAUUCAUGAAGUUAUUUAGUUACGUGUGUAUAUUUUGAAGGACAAAUAAAACUGUAUAUUUUAUAUUUCA